UUUUUAUUGCAGCAGUCUCAUCGAAAGCGUCAAAGCAACCAAAUCGCAUCGAACACCCGACAAAUCGGCGGCUGCUCGUAUAUCGCAUAUCCAGCUACUUCAUAAAGGCCAGCCAACUACCCACCUAAACUAAACCAAAAUCCAAAACUAAAACUAAAACUACAACUUAAACUAUACCUAAACUCAACUAACUAAACGAACUAAUAUAAAUUUGAAGCCAGAGGCUCUUAGAACUUUUACUUUUAGCAAAGUUAGACCAAAAAUAGAGAAAAGAAAGCCAGACCAAGCAAAAUGAACGACAGUCGACGCAACACGGCCACGGAAUUCAGCUAUAUACUGCAGCGCCAGGGCAGCGAUGUGUCGGUUGCCGAGGCUUAUGCAUUCGAUGACUUCAACAAUAUAAUGAAGAACAACCAUCAGACUCAUCAGCAACAGGGCCAGCCGCAACAGCAACAUCAGCAGCAUCAGCAGCAGCAGCAGCAACAACGGCAACCUUCGCAGCAGCAGCCACAGCAGGAUGCCGGACUGGGCGACACGUUGUCCUCGCUGCCACAGGCCUCGUUCAACUACAUCAACUCCAUCGUGGGCAGCGGCGUCAUCGGCAUACCCUACGCCCUCCAUCGGGCCGGAUUCGGACUGGGACUAGCCCUGCUCAUCCUGGUUGCCUACAUUACCGACUACUCACUCAUCCUUAUGGUCAGAUGCGGACACAUUUGCGGCCGGUUCAGUUAUCCGGGCAUCAUGGAGGCCGCCUACGGCAAGUACGGCUACUACCUGCUCUCCCUGCUGCAGUUCAUGUAUCCCUUCCUGGCCAUGAUAUCCUACAAUGUGGUGGUGGGCGAUACGCUGUCGAAAGUGCUGGUUCGCUUCUUUCCCUCCUGGGGCGCUUCCAUGGGCGCUGUCCGGCUGGGCGUGGUCUUCUUCGUCAACGUGGGCGUGGUAAUGCCCCUCUGUCUUUAUAAGAACGUCUCCCGACUUGCCCGCGCCAGCUUCAUCAGUCUGGCCUGCGUGGUGUUCAUCCUGUUUGCCGUCAUCAUCAAGCUCAUGUCGGGCGAUUAUAAAGUUACGGACACGGCGGAGUCCUGGCGGUUUGCGAACUCGGAUCUUAUCCCGGCCACAGGCAUCAUGGUUUUCGCAUUCAUGUGCCAUCACAACACCUUCCUCGUUUAUCAAUCGAUGCGCGACGCGACCAUGGAGCGCUGGGAGAAGGUCACCCACAUUUCGAUCGGAUUCGCCUGGACGGUGGCGGCCCUGUUCGGCAUCGCUGGCUACUCCACCUUCCGCGCCCUAUCCCAAGGCGAUUUGCUGGAGAACUACUGCUGGGAUGACGACCUGAUGAACUUCUCGCGCGUGCUCUUCUCCAUAUCGAUACUGUUGACCUUCCCCAUCGAGUGCUUCGUUUCCCGCGAGAUUGUGCGCGCCCUCGUCCACCGGUUCGUGCUGAAGGAGCCCAUCAGCGAGUUCACCCAGGACAAGGACCCCAGCCUGGAGAAGGGGGCCAUAAUCGAUGAGUACUCGAAAGCCAUUACCAUGGCCAUCGUGUUCAGCGCCUUCGUCAUCUCGCCCAUGACCGACUGCCUCGGUUCGGUACUGGAGCUGAAUGGUCUCCUGGCGGCCAUCCCCUUGGCCUACAUCCUGCCCGGACUGGCCUACAUCCAGAUGGAGCCGCACGCCCUGCUCAGCCGCGAGAAGCUGCCCGCCUUGGGCCUGGUGGUGUUCGGAGCCGUAGUGACCAUCCUGGGGGCGGCGGUGCUCCUGCCGGGACUCAUGGGCGGCGACUGCCGUUCGGACAUUGUGAUGGGCUACUGCCGGCAGGAGUUCCAGAACUCCACCGCCGCCAACUAAGGGCCAACGGUUCGGAACGGAAGUCAACCCUCGACUUGGGAUGUGGACUGGGAUCGUAUUUGUUUGUUUUGGGUUGAAACUUUUGCUUUUACCUUCGGUUAACUGGUUAACUCACACUCAAUCACACACUCACAGCUGCACCGAGUCGCAUCGAAAGAAACUUGUACCUGAGUCCCAGACGUUCAAAGUAUCUGCGUAAGUAGGAGUAGUAGGCACAGUGCUGCAUUGGCUAGUGUAUUGGAAGUGUGAUACGGGCGAACCUCAGUACAAAGGCCAGGCAUUCUCUGCGAUCGAGCAACCCAUGCAUUUUUGCACCGGAUAGUUAUUAUUCAUGUUGUGUACAUUUCGUUGGAUCCCCGUUGUUGAUGUCGAUAUUGUUGAAUGUAGCGAAAGUUCCUCGAGGUAUGUAAGCCGUUUAAAUGAAUUGACAAAAAGGGAAACGAAUCGAAGGCAAACAAAACCAAAACUAGAACUAGAUGUUAUCCGUAGCUUUAGCGUAGUCUGAAACUAUUUGGGCACCAAUAUACACAUGCAAUCCUUAACGACAACCGACUCCCCAAGUUGAGAAGCAAAAGCAAAUCAAAAUCGAACAAGUAUUAUACCGACAACUAUUUGUAACUAUAUAUGUAUGUAUGUAUAUCUAUGCCCUGACGUUACCGAAUCAUAUUCCAACGUUUUAUAUGUAUAUGUAUACAAGGAGUAGAUAACUGCGCUUCAAACCAAACUAAAAUCAAACUCUUUUCAUCAACACAUCGAUUUGGACAACAGUUUUAAGUUGUUAACGGCACUGAAUUCUUUUUUGAAUUGCGUAUAUACACCACACACGAUCGAAUAUUUAUAUAUACACGUACAUAGAUAUAUUUUUGUACAACUCUUGGUUUUUUGUAUACUGCACGAUAUUAUGUAAAUACAUGUGUAUGCAUUUUUGGAUGUGAUUAAAGUCUUUACACCAACACCUACAGCUAUCACUUCUUACUUUCUCUUCGGGCUGAGAGAUCGGAACCAAGCUGAAGACCCCGACCCCAUCAACUCUAACUCUAAUUCUAAGAGCUUAAACACUACAUAUCAUGGCCAACGAACACGGUACAUGCCCUGGGCUUUUCUAAGAUACUUUUUACAAGAUCUAACCAACUAACCAACUGAAACUAUCGCCUAUACACAACGAAGACGGAAAGGGCAGCAAACAAUUUCUACAGACUUCUUGUAUAUACACGCCAAAUAGAUCCGCUUGUCGUACGAUAUUUCUCAUGUUCUCAUUCGCCAAAUAUCUCGUUGUAUCUCUUUUUAGCGCUAUGCUAUAUCAAAAAUGUAUAACAAUGAAGUAGUAGGGUAUUGGGGAAGUGUUGAUCGAUUAUAGCAGAAUUGUAAUUAUGAUUAUUAUUGCCGUGUAGCCACAUAUAUAAACAUAUAGUUAAUUGUGUAGAUGGGAUGUAGGCGCAGAAGUUUUGAUUUACAACGCAGGCAUACCCCAGAGAUAACCGAAACCGAUUUCAUUCCAAUAGUACAUAUGUAUAGAUAAGCUAAAGCGAAAAAUUAAAAUAUUCUUGAGAAAAUAAAAAUGCAUUUUAGAAC